GUAUUUCUUUUCUGUAAUAUGAACGGCGGAGAGUCUGUUCUGUUGUCUGAAGGUGAGUUUAACUAUCAAACAGCGCCCUCUGCUGGCCGACGCUCAAACUGGCGUCCUCGGCUCAUUGCAGGACAUUACACUGUGGAACAUACCAAGUCAAAAUAUGCGAGAGGGGGGCGCAAUUCACCGGUGGCUGGGUGAAUCAAACACAGGUGAUUGGGGGAAUUUUUCAGUCUCACACUCAUCUUAAGCUUAAACUACUUUUAAUUUAAACCACUUUAAUUAGUCACACCUAAUUAUGGCUUGCAUUCACCAUGAUUGUAUUUUUUAAACUCAAUUCCAAUCUCUCAAAUAAACUAUCACAAGAAUUGGUUUAGUCCGAGGCUGAACUGAUGCGAUGCUAAGCGCUAGUUGGUGUCAGAUGCUAACCCUUUUAUUUUUGUGAGAGCAAUAAAAUGAAAAGGCCAAAACCUUCCGGUGCCCAAUGUAGAGAAAGAGGAUAGAAGACCAAGAGAAACGUGAAAGAACAAAGGUAUGAUAUAAAACAUUGCUAUACUUAUUAUUUAAGCCUAAGACAACUUUAUUUAACAUGAACAAUAAUAUAUGAAAAGUUCGGCUAAGGCUAUUGUUAGCCUAUACUUUUAAUGUUUAGUUCAUCCAAACUAUUUUUGUGCAUUAAGCUAAUUAAAUACAAUUUAAUAUUUGCUCAUAUCCAUCCAAUUUAAGUUAAUUCAUUUACUAAUGCUUUAGAUUAGAUAUUAUUCCAUACUUUGUCUUUUAUUCUCAGUAUUAUUAGAAUUACUUUGUCAUGGCUCCUCAGCUUGUUGUCAGAAAUUGCAUUUGAAAUGUACAGAUUUAGUCCCUCUACUUUGAUAUACUUGUCUAAAUAUUUAGUAGGAAUGCUCCAUUAUCGCAUUCAUUUAGGAGGAAACUGAUUCGCUGUGGGAACCCCUGAAGGGAAAAGAAGAGGUUCCAUUAUUCCAUUCCUAUUAGAUGCUGCUCCAAAUUAUCUGUGGCACAUUUUUUAAUUCCUACAGAGUGAAGUAGACCAAGUUUAUAGUUUGUUUUCUAGGUUGAUUUGUAUUUUUAAUCUGCAAUUAAACAUGUGUGAUGGUGUUAUAUUAUCCUUAUGAGAGUUAUUCUUACUUUUGUUUUGUUUUUUAUAACAGUCCUAUAGGCUAUAAGGAUUGACAAGCUUCUCAUAAUACUUUUUGUAGUUGGUAUUUGUUAAAUAUUUGAACUUUACAUUUCUGGGUCGUAAUGAGGGUGGGGGGCACAGAGGGGCGCUCCUGGUGGGGCUCGCCCAGGACCACAUCUGUGCCAGGACCGCCACUGGUUAGGAAACAAAAAAAAAAAAAACUGUAAAAGGUCCUUUUGGACCAAACUUUGCCUCAGAUAACACGCGCUCACAAUAUUUAUAAGAUUAUUCGGAUUUUUUUCAAUCAUUGAUCUGUACAGUGACGUCAGUAAUGAGUCAGGAGCGAACACGGUGACCGCCUCUCGGCGGUGACGCGCCGGUGAACGCUCCGCAGCCUCCGCGGCUCUUUGGCUGCGCUGUGGACGCACGGACGGACGGACGCCGCCGCGCAGGGACUCGGAUAAGUUUGCAGCUGCUUCGGCGCAGGUCUGGUCUCUGCAGCUCCUUCUCGAAGAAGCUCUGCAGCAACACAUUUAUCGGGGAUGAACUUUCUUCAGGACUCAUCAGUGCUGCAGGUGGCCUCCAUUGUCUCCAGAUCAUUCCUGUGAUUCUGUUUCUUCACAAUAGAUCACCAUUCAUCUCACCUUUACUGAAGAGCUUUGGGGGAGGAUGGGGGCCGGCGGGGCUCGCCCCACGUCUCUGCUGUGGCUCGGCCUGUGGAGCUUCGUGUCCCCUUUGUGGUGCCUGAACCCAGACGACCCCAACGUCUGCAGCCAUUGGGAGAGCUACACAAUGACCGUGCAGGAGUCCUACGCUCAUCCCUUUGACCAAGUCUACUACACCCGUUGUACCGACAUCCUCAACUGGUUCAAGUGCACAAGGCACAGGAUUAGCUACAAGACGGCCUACAGGAGAGGAGUGAGGACCAUGUACCGGCGCCGCUCGCAGUGCUGUCCGGGCUUCUUCGAAAGCGCAGACCUGUGCGCCCCAUUGUGCACGGAGGAGUGUGUGCAUGGACGAUGUGUAUCUCCUGAAACCUGCCAGUGUGAACCUGGCUGGGGAGGAUUUGACUGCUCCAGCGGCUGUGAAAGUGAUUUCUGGGGCCCCCACUGCAGCAACCGUUGUCAGUGUCUGAACGGUGCCAAAUGUAACCCCAUAACCGGAGCCUGCGUUUGCACCGACGGCUACCAAGGGUGGCGCUGCGAGGAAACCUGUGACCCCGGCUUCUACGGAAAAGACUGCCAGCAGGAGUGCCAGUGCCUGAACAACGCCACCUGUCACCAUCAGACCGGCGAGUGCAUCUGCGCUCCUGGAUACACAGGAGCUUUCUGUGAAGACCGCUGUCCUCCGGGCAAGCAUGGCCCUCAGUGUGAGCAGCACUGCCCCUGCCAGAACGGAGGACUGUGCCACCAUGUUAGCGGAGAGUGCUCCUGCCCUGCUGGCUGGAUGGGUCAAGUGUGCGCUCAGCCAUGUCCGUUUGGAUGGUUCGGGGUCAACUGCUCUCAGGAGUGCACUUGUCGCAACGGAGGCCUGUGCGACCACAUCAGCGGUCAAUGCCAGUGCACGUCUGGCUACAUCGGAGAGAGAUGCCAGAAUGAAUGUCCUGUUGGCUCAUACGGACCACAGUGUGCGCAUAAGUGUGACUGUCAGAACAGGGCCAAGUGCUACCACAUCAACGGAGCCUGUCUGUGCCACGAGGGCUUCAAGGGCCCCAGCUGCCAGGAGCGCUUCUGUCCCACCGGCAUGUACGGACUCGUCUGUGACAAAUACUGCCCCUGCAGAGCCGAAAAUACUCUCAGCUGCCACCCCCUGUCAGGGGAAUGCAUCUGUGCACCUGGAUGGGCGGGGCUUUAUUGCAAUGAGACAUGUCCUGCAGGUUACUUUGGUGAGAGCUGCAGGGAGCCGUGUGUCUGCAUGAAUGGAGCCGACUGCGAUGGCGUCAGCGGAGCCUGUACCUGCGCUCCAGGAUUCAUGGGAGACGACUGCUCCAUCAGCUGUCCUGCAGGUCUCUACGGCUCCAACUGCUCGUCCUCCUGCUCCUGCCACAACCACAUUUCUUGUUCCCACGUCGACGGUGCCUGCUUCUGCAGAGAAGGCUGGCAGGGCGUGGACUGCUCCAUCCCGUGUUCCAGUGGCACCUGGGGUCUGAGCUGCAACCAGACCUGUGAGUGCUUUAAUGAGGCGGCCUGUGACCCGGUCAACGGUACCUGCACCUGCUCUCCAGGCUGGAGGGAGGAAAGCUGCAACACUCCGUGUCUCGAGGGAUCUCACGGCCUGAACUGCAGAGAGACAUGUGACUGCAUCAACGCCAAUGGCUGCGAUCCGGUGACUGGUGCCUGCCGGUGUCUGCCAGGCUGGACUGGUGUGCACUGUGACAGUGUGUGUAAGGAGGGACGGUGGGGGCCUGACUGCUCAUACAGCUGCUCCUGUGAGAACGGAGGCACCUGCUCCCCAGAGGACGGCUCCUGUGUGUGCGCGCCAGGAUACCGCGGCACCGCCUGCAGGCGGAUCUGCUCCCCCGGCUUUUUUGGCCACGGCUGCAGCCAGUCCUGCCCUCAGUGUGUCCACAGCGAAGGUCUGUGCCACCACGUCAGCGGGCACUGCGAGUGUCUGUCCGGAUACUUCGGCUCCCUCUGCAACCAAGUGUGUCCCAGUGGAAAGUAUGGUAAGAACUGUGGUGAGACCUGCUCGUGCACCAACAACAGCACCUGCAACCCCAUCGACGGCUCGUGUCAGUGUUACCCGGGGUGGGUGGGACACGACUGCUCCAAGGUGUGUCCUCUGGGUUCUUGGGGCCUGGACUGCAUCCACACAUGCAACUGCCACAACGGAGCUUACUGCAACCCUGUGGACGGAGAGUGUAACUGCAGCUCAGGAUGGACAGGACUCUACUGCACACAGCGCUGUCCGACAGGCUUCUACGGGUCUGAGUGUGCCGAGGUCUGCCGCUGCCAGAACGGGGCGGACUGCGACCACGUGUCGGGGCGCUGCUCCUGCAGGACGGGCUUUAUGGGGGAAAGCUGCGAGCUCAAGUGUCCGGCGGGGACCUUCGGCUACGGCUGCCAGCAGCUGUGUGAGUGCAUGAACAACGCCACCUGUGACUAUGUGACGGGAACCUGCUACUGCAGCAUCGGCUUCAAAGGGAUCCGCUGUGACCAGGCGUCUCUGGUGAUGGAGGAGCUGAACCCCUACACCAAGAUCAGCCCGUCACUGGCGUCGGAGCGGCAGUCGGCAGGCACUAUCCUGGGCAUUGUCUUCCUGCUUCUUCUCAUCGCCGCCAUGCUGUCUUUGGUUGUGUGGUUCCGCUACCGACAACAAGAGAAGGGUCAGCAUGUGCCGAAUGUGGCCUACACCCCCGCCCUGCACAUCAGUUCCACAGACUACUCCCUGUCAGGGCUGCAGUGUGCAGGUCUGCUUUCCUCUGCAGAGUCCUCCCCCAGCAACGGCUCUGCAGCUGGCUGCUUCUCCAACCCAAGCUACCGCACUCUGGGGACGUGCAUGCACUACGCCAAACCGGACAAGAGGACCGCCCCAAAGAUUACCUCAAAGAAGGGAAACAGGAACAGCGCUCCAGAGUGGGGGACCUACUGCAACUUCAGCGAACCGGGCAUUUGCUGCAUCGACCGGCGCUUCAGCUACCACGUCGAGCCAUGCUACAGAGACUACAUGAAGGGCACUUUGUCCAGCACAUGCUCCUUAAACAGCGAGAACCCAUACGCCACCAUCAACGACCCCCCCGCCCUGUGCAAACACUUGGAGAGCAGCUACGUGGAGAUGAAGGCACCGGUUCACCACCAACACCGAGCUCACUGUUACUCAGCCGCCGUCAUCAGCACCAACGCAACUACGGCCAGCAUCCCCGCCAAGAACGUGUACGACAUGGAGCCCACCGUCAGUUUGCUGCAGACUCCUGGACCUCCCGGAUACCCUCACAACCCAUACGACCUGCCCAGGAACAGCCACAUCCCAAGUCACUACGACCUGCUUCCUGUGCACACCAGUCCCCCCCACAGCCGUACCCCCCCUCUGCCCGGCAGUCCCACCAGCUCACUGCUCUAAACCGGCCCCCGUCCCCCUCAGCCAGAAAACUGUGAGGAGUCUGUGAAUCCGUUCAGGAUGUGGGUUUUUUUUUUUGGACAAUUUAUGUCUUCAUUUAAUUCCUGUGUCUGUGUGUGGAUGUGUACACGCAUGUACACGUGUGCGACUGCUGUAGUUAUCAGAUGUUUUUAUGAAACACAUUUCAGCACAAAACAUUUCAGUUUCAUUGCAAAACCUGAAAAAAGAACUUUGGACACAUUUGACUGCUUUUCUGGACAAAAGAAUCACAGAUAUGACUUUUGUAGUUAUCCAUCCAUCUUCAGAACCUGCUGAAUCCUUUUUAGAGCUUUGGCCUGUCGGUGCCUGUCCCGGCCGCUGCUGGGCGAGAGCAGGGCACACUCUAGACAGUCUGUCACAGGGUCAUACAAUCACACACCCACAUUCACAUCUACUGGUCCACAGUCUCCUCUAACUUUUGAAGGUAAAGUUUAUCUUCAUCCUCUGUAAAAUAUCUGGAGCUGGUCUAAACUUUAUAUGAACACUAGAUUUCAUGCAAGGUUUAUUAUGUAUUUUUCCCUCUCAUGACUUGAAACACAUUUCCAAACAUGGUUGAUAAAUCGAUACGUAAAAGAUUCAACUGACCUUGUGGCGAUGCAAUAAUGUCCAGUUCUUUUACCUAAAUGGUUAUUCAUUUUGGAUUUAAAACUACAAAUGAACAUUCAUUUUAACAGGGAAUUUAUUUUAAUUGACAAAAACUAAACGUUUAAAGUAAAUAACAGCUUCAAACUGUCAGGAUGAGGUGGUGGUGAACCCAAAAUGCAGGAAACCAAGCUUGGUGGCAUUAACCUAAAACAUUUAAUAAAUGAACUCAAACAUGACAAAACCCCUCUGAGAAAUUUCGAGUUUUUGGUCAUGGAUAAUCUCCUUUCCAAGAUGGCUCUCAGUAUGUUGGCACAUGAGAGGAGCUGUGGUCUUGGAAAAAAUGAGACAUAUUCAAAAACAACCAGAAUUCUGUCAUUUUAUUUUUCUUCAAAACCAGUUCUUACAGAAGACAUGACCCUCAACCAGGAAACCCUCUUCAAACAAGGAAAUGCCCCCUUAAAUACUAAAAGGCUAAACCAAACCCAAGUGUAGUAAAAAUAAAUAAAUAAAACACUUCCGACCUAAACCCCAGGGUUGUCCACUGAUCCCCACCCAGAUUGGGUCCUUAGGCAAGACCCUUGACGCUGCUGCCUAACUGGGUCCCUGUGCCC